GGUAUAAUUGUAAACUAUUUUUUAUAAUAUGACUAUAUAUAAAUAUAGAUUUCUAGAUUUUGAUCUCUGACGUUGAUCACCGAUGUCGACACCGCCCAAUUCAGCUGUAAAUCUACUGAACGAUACACCGAAAGCUAAGAAGAAAAAUCCUAUACGGGUGAUACGUUCUUUGGUGUCUCGUCAGAACUCUGUCAAGCCAGAGAGUUUCAAACCACUCCCAGAUGAGAUCCCGUUCGCAUCUCUCCGCGUACAGGUCAUCAACGCUAAAGAUCUCGCUAGUAAGGAUAGAAAUGGCCUGAGUGAUCCUUUUGUUGAUAUAAAUUACGGCCUGCUCCGCCUAUCUACUCCCUGCGUCAAGAAGACACUUAACCCCGUGUGGGACGCAAACGACGCCACUUUCGAUAUCAGCUUGUUUAGAUCAACAGUGGCAAAUAUAGCACAGCUUGAGUUCGUCGCUUGGGACAAAGACACCAUCGGGAAGGAUUAUCUCGGCGAGUGUUCUCUCUAUCUCGAUGACUGGUUUCCGAAACUCAAGGAGGGUGAGCCGUUCAGAGCUGUCCAAUGGUCAGAUCACCUUAAUAAUGUCCGCACACUACAGGUUAAGUCAGCAAGGAAGAACAACAACGCGACAGGUGUACUUAAUGUGCGAUUAGGCUUGAUUCAACAUCCAGCCUCUAGCCCCGUUAAUCUUGAGAGCGUAUUUGAGGAUGUGCUUUCAAAUGCCCGUAAAGUUGCUACUGGCAUUAUGGCAGCACCACCAAUUGAAUCAAUCGGUACGAGCCUCAUUAGUUCUCACUCGCUAUCACAACAAAGUACAAGAGAUUCAACUCGUACGAUCGUUGCAUCAAAUACUCAGGAUAGUUUGGCGUCCACAUUAAGCAGGGGUACAACAGCUGGUAAUAAUGAUAUUGGUGAUGAAUCCGAUACCUUCAACGAUUCAGAUGUCGAUAUCACUAUCUCAGACAUAGAGGGUGACGAAGUUGACAAUGAAGAUGAGUCAAAUGUUCCCACACCCACAGUUGGGAAUAAUGAUAGUGAGACAUUCAUAAAAGGAAGUAUGAGGAGGAGUGAAUCACAACCUAUGCAUAAAAUUUCUUCUAAUUUAUCACCAAUGGAUAUACCAGCAAGACCAGGUCAUGAAGUUCAUCAUCACAAACGACCAUCAAAACUCAAACGCAUUAUCACACCACUCGCUUCAAGACAAAAUAGCAGAGACAGUAUACCUUUAGCAACUACACCACAAGGUGAUAUAUCUGAACCAAACCUUUCAUCACAUUCGAAUAGAUCUUUAAAGCCACGUAAAAGGAGAAUUAGAAAAUCGUCACGUACAGCGAAAACCGGUGGGUUUAACCUCAACAGUGAGGACAAUAGCAACGUACUUGGUGUCGUUUUGCUUGAAGUUCGUCAUGGCACUGAUCUUCCACGUAUGAAGAACAUGACUAGAACUGGAUGGGAUAUGGAUCCCUUCGUUGUUAUCAGUUUUGGAAAGAAGAUCUUCAGGACGAGAGUUAUCAGGCAUUCAUUAAAUCCAACCUGGGAUGAGAAGUUGUAUUUCCAUGUUCGCCAAGGGGAGAGUAAAUACACAGUUGAUUUCUCUGUUCUUGAUUGGGAUAAGCUCAGCGCUAAUGAUCACGUUGGUGAUGUCUCACUCCCACUUCAAGAACUAGUCUCGAAAGCUCCAAAAUCAGAUCCAGAAACUGGAUUGUUUAAUUUGGAUGAGUACGACACACAUACGAUGGAUGACUACAAACUAGAUCUCAAAAUCCAUGAGAAUUGGGAAGAGAAACAUAGUCCAAACAUUUUGAUAAGAGCUAAAUACCUACCUUAUGCUGCACUUCGACAAAGAUUUUGGAGAUCCUAUCUCGACCAAUAUGAUGCCGAUGAUACGGGUUCGAUAUCACGAGUAGAACUCACAAUGAUGCUUGAUUCACUCGGUUCAACACUUACUUCCGUUACCAUUGAUUCAUUCUUCACAAGAUGGGACAAAAAUCCUAGAACUGAUGAAUUGACAUAUGAUCAAAUCAUACAAGUACUUGAAAAUGAGACCAAUAAGCCAAUAAAUGAAAGGCGCUCACUUGAUGAUGACGCUGAUGCAGAUGAGACUGACGCGUCAGUAUCGCCUGGACCAUCAACACCUUCCGCACUUACGGCAUAUAACAAUAACAUCGAACCAUUAGAUUACACUGGACCACUGGCUCGUCCACCAAAUGCGCAACCUGGUAUAAUUGAAGAACAUUCAAAAGCAUCGAAACCUAAAAAUGGAGGUACUGGAAAUGAAAUUGAUAUAGCUAAUAUAAGCAACACAAGUAAUGAUGAGAGUUCCAAAUUGAAAGUCUCGACUGAUUUCUUGGACAAUUCAAGACUGUCUCCACCAGCUGCUGGUUUCUUGUCUUCUUCAUCUAGCGUCUUCGGCUAUGAUGUGAGUGACUAUGAUGACUCCACCGAGCUUGAGAAAGGCACCGUUAGCGACUUUACCAAGAUGAAGAUCAGGAUAGAUGAAAGUCACAGAGAAAAAGUGAUAAAUAUUAAAGUCUGCCCACUUUGUCAUAAAGGUAGACUUAACAGCAAAGCUGAAGUUGAUAUUGUUACUCACUUGGCCAUCUGUGCAUCCACAGAUUGGGGUAGACUGAACAGAGUCGCUGUAUCAAAUUAUGUUACUGCCUCACAGGCACAAAGAAAAUGGAUUAGCAAGAUUGCAUCUAAAAUUUCAACAGGCUCUUACAAGCUAGGAGCGAAUUCAGCUAAUAUUCUUGUACAAGAUAGAUUAUCUGGUAGGUUGCAAGAGGAGAAAAUGCAAAUGUACGUCAGAAUUGGAAUAAGAAUGCUUUACAAAGGAGCAAGAUCAAAAAUGGAAGGUAGCAGAGCUAGAAGACUGCUCAAAUCAAUGUCAAUUAAGCAAGGUAGCAAGUAUGAUGACCCUGAAUCUGUUAGAGAGAUACCCAACUUUAUCCAAUUCCAUAAUUUGAACAUGGACGAAGUUCUCGAGCCAAUUAGUGCCUUUAAUACAUUCAAUCAAUUCUUCUAUAGGAAAUUAAAACCUGACGCUAGACCAGUUGAAGAAGCCGACAAUCCAGGUAGAUUAGUUAGUGCUGCUGAUUGUAGAAUGGUCGUUUUUGAUAACUUUGAAUCUGCAACGAAGAUUUGGAUCAAAGGAAGAGGUUUUACUGUAUCUAGAUUGCUCGGGGAAAAGGUUUCCAAAGAGAGUUGGUGUGCACCUUUACUUGAUAAAGAGCAAUUACCAAGUCUUUCGGUAUUUAGACUUGCUCCCCAAGAUUAUCACCGUUUUCAUUCGCCUGUUGAUGGUAUUGUUGGACCAAUAACGACAAUUGAGGGCGAAUACUACACUGUCAAUCCACAAGCUGUGAGAUCACCAAUUUCAAUCUUCUCAGAAAACGUUCGUGUUAUUGUCCCUAUCCACACCGAAAGCUACGGGACAGUAAUUGCAGUUUGUAUCGGAGCAAUGAUGGUGGGGUCGACGAUACUUACGAAAAAAGAGGGUGAUAGCGUUCAAAGGGGUGAAGAGUUCGGUUACUUUGCAUUUGGUGGCUCGACGAUAGUCUGUCUCUUCCCGCCAAACACGGUUUCUUGGGAUAAUGACAUUAAAGAGAACAGUAGAGCUGCGCUAGAGACACUAGUACGUGUUGGUAUGGGAAUUGGAAAACUUAGUUCGUAGCAUAUGUUGUAUAUAACGCAUAAAUGAAGCAUAUAAA